GAUGAUGCGGUGCUCUUGGCUUCAUCAAGCUGUGACCUCCAACUCUGACUGGGGCGGUUCGCAGCCGAGUGUGAAGCGGUUGGGAUGAAGAUCAGCACCUCCAAAUCCGAGACCAUGGUCCUCAGCCGGAAAAGGGUGGCAUGCCCUCUCCGGGUCGGGGAUGAGAUCCUGCCCAAAGUGGAGGAGUUCAAGCAUCUUGGGGUCUUGUUCACGAGUGAGGGUAGGAGGGAGCGGGAGAUUGACAGGCGGAUCGGUGCAGCGUCUGCAGUGAUGCGGACUCUGCACCGGUCCGUUGUGGUGAAGGAGCGGAGCCAAAAGGCGAAGCUCUCGAUUUAGCGGCCGAUCUACGUUCCUACCCUCGCCUAUGGUCACGAGCUGUGGGUCGUGACCGAAAGAACAAGAUCCUGGAUACAAGCGGCCGAAAUGAGUUUCCUCCGCAGGUUGUCCGGGCUCUCCCUUAGGGCUAGGGUGAGAAGCUCGGUCAUCCGGGAGGAGCCGCUACUCCUCCGCGUUGAGAGGUGGCUCGGGCAUCUGGUUCGGAUGCCUCCUGGACGCCUCCCUGGAGAGGUGUCCCGGGGUCGACCCAGGACACGCUGGAGAGACGAUGUCGCUCGGCUGGCCUGGGACCGCCUUGGAAUCCCGCCGGAGGAGCUGGCUGAAGUGGCUGGGGAGAGGGAAGUCUGGGCGUCCCUGCUAAAGCUGCUGCCCCCGCGACCCGACCCCGGACUAAGCGGAAGGAUGGAUUGAACUUUUGACCGCAAAACAACAAAGGUAAGAUGUACGCAGGGAUCGACCGUGGAAAAGAAAAAAAGUACCGACCGCUAGCUAGGGAAAACGUGGACUGGAUUUUCAUAGAUGUGGGCGUUCUCUUUAUGAACAAGUGGAAUAGAUUGGAUAUCGACGCACUGAAGGGGCUCUCUACCUUACUCUAUAUAAAGUAAGGGGGAACUGACAGAUUUAUGAUCACAUUUACGUGAAUAAUGACAGGUUAUAUGAUUAUUGAUUGAAACUAACAUCCUGGCAAAUUAUUAGGAAUUUGACUUUUAUCCCAACCUAAUUGUUUUUUUCAGUUGUUUUAUUUACCAGACGUUUUGGCAACUAAGUAGUCAUCCAAGCAUGUAAGGUAAAUAAAACAAGCUCAAACAAUUGUCUUGGAUCAAAGAAAAAAAUCACAAGUGUAGACAAAAUGAACAAAUUACAACUAAUAUUUUGGCAACUUCAUACUGAAUAUGUCAGCAUUUUUUUUUCUUAAAAAUAAAACAACACCAAAUUAAUUAUUAUUAUUUGAAACACGUCUAACGACGCCACUGGCCUAAAUGCACUGGUUAUGGCCCCCAAUCAUACUUGUAUUCAUGAACUCAUUGCUUGUCUUCGACAACGACAGACGUCCAAUUCAUUUCAAGUGGAAGGACUAGCUGCGAAUGCGCAUCUUUCACUGCCAUUCCAUCCAUUUGGACAGAAGGUAGGGAGGGAGGCAGCGAUCAUUCGCAUGUGUCCGUGUGAUGACGGACGCCGGCGACAAAACCCUCUCGACGGGACGCUCCAUUUUGGCGAGCCUCCCAGUCAAUACGGAUCGGACGUCCGGUUUGUACGUAGUGGGGAAGACUACGUGUACGUCGUACACGUGGACCGUCUCCUGACCCGGAAUGAAAACAUUUCCUCACCUUUCAAAAUAAUAUCGAAAAGAAAAAUGCCAAGAGCGCAAAUAUAAUCACGGGUGAGGAAUAAUGUGCCGAAUACGUGCAUCGACAGGAAUCCAUGGUAUAUACAACUUGAGCAAAAUGAGGAUUUUAGGCGGGUUAUAUGAACCGGAACUUGUUGACUUUUAGACUUGAAACUUUUUUUUUCUUCUUUUUUUCUCCCCCCUCCAUCAAUCAUGCACGAUGAGCUGUUUUAUGAACGACGACGACCCUUUCCCCGCGGACGAGUGUUUGUUCGCUGACACUUUUUCUCAAGAAAGCAUUUAUCAAUUGAUGGGCCAGGAACUGAAGAUCACGCAAUUAUUUGGCGCAAACCUCGGCGUGGCUGCACCGGUGUGGGAAUCCGCGAUACAAUUAUGUCGAUACUUUGAGAAGCAGCGGGUGGAGUGGCGCGGACGACGCGUCAUCGAACUCGGAGCGGGGACCGGGGUCGUCGGGAUCGUGGCCGCUCGCCUCGGUGCCGUUGUAACCCUCACGGACCUUCCCGCGACCCUUCCGUCUCUGGAGGCCAACGUCCGCGCCAACGCGCCCGCCGGCGGAUGGCCUUCCGCCCCUCCCCGCGUCCUCCCUCUGUCCUGGGGCGAGGACCACGCCGAGUUCCCGUCGGAUUGGGACCUGGUGGUGGGCGCCGACACGGUUUACCUCCCCGAGACGUAUCCGCGCUUAGUGGACACGCUGGUUCACCUUUGCCAGAAAAAGGCCGCCGUCUACCUCUCGUCCAAAAUGCGAAAUGAGCACCAGACGCCGAGCUUCUUUGAAGAACAUCUCCCCAGGAGAUUUCACGUCCAACUGGUGGACCGCGACCACAGUCAAAACAUUAAUAUUUACAGAGCCUCUCUAAGAAAAGGCCGCUAAGAGCAGCGUUUUUCCGCCUGCCUCGACUCAAUUUCUUAGGACGACGGGACCAAGGUGGACUAUGCCGAUUUGAACAGACAUCUUCGCGGUUAGCGCGUCUGUCGGCUUGUCCAGAUUUCCCAGUUUAAUGUGAUGAUUUUAGGAAUGGUCAUUUCAUUGGAAUUCCUUGAUUAACUGUGGGGAACUUUAAUGUUCAAGUCAAUCAUGACAAUCUUUAUUGUUGAAAUAUUCAUUUUAUGGGGACCAGAAAUGAUCUGAUUCUGUUCUUAACUCUUCUGUCAGUGCUAGUGUUAUAUUCAUGAGAAAAAAAAGUUUUUCCUCAAUCGCUUCCAUUUUUGUUUUUUUUCAUUGGUUUACAAAUUCUGCUCAAUUUAUCAAUUCAAGAUACUCUUAACUCAUUCAUGACCAGAGACCAUGUUUGACGUCUUAUAAAGAAGGGAAAAACCCAUUUUUUUAAUCAAUGAAAGAUGGGAAUGUCAUCUUUUAGUAAAUUUUGUGUUCAUGCAGCCAGAAACACAAUAUUCUGUAGCUGGCGCAUGAAAGGAGAGCAUGUCUGGUGACCACAUGUUUGCCAACGAAUGAGUUGAUCAACUGCAGGCGUAUCCAACACGGGUCCUGGAGAGGCCCUAUCCAGCUUGUUUUCCACGUCUCCCUCGUCCGACUCAAAUAAUCAGGAUGGUUAUGGGGCUCCUGCAGCGCUGGCUUGCUGAUGAGCUGAUUCAGGUAUCAUUUUUUGCGACUUGAUUUGUGGACGGAUCACAAUGAAAUUUGGUCAGCAUACUGUGUUCUAUCGAUGUAUCAGCAUCAAUCCUUGGAGCCCAAUUUUUGUAUAGAGGGUAGAAAUGAUUUUUCAAUCAUUGACAUGACAAAAUGUUCUGAUGAAAUAAAAUGAAUGAU